AAACAUCUCUCCAGCAGGUGUUUUAGAACCACUCUGAAACCACUUCCCUCUUUGAUCUAAACACCAGCAGUCCACUGAGGGACACACAGGUGUGUAACAGCAUGAAGUGCCUGAACAACCGGGCCGAAAGCCACCUGAGCGGGCAGGUGGAGUUGGACAGCAUGGGCAACAGAGCCUGGGUCAACCACGGCUACUGUGGCUCUCCUCCACCGAUCCCUCGAGCUGUCAGCACCAUCUACAACCCUCAGCCCCUCUUCCAGGGCUCCAUGGACAGCAUGUACAAACUGGACAACCCGGGCCAAUUCCCAGAAGAACCAUCAACCACCAACCAAAGCCUGGUGAAGAAACCAAGAGGCUGCUGCUCUUUUAUCAAAGGCUUGUGGGGCACAACCUUGACUGAAAACACCUCAAACAACAGAGAACUGUUUGUCCGAACCACGCUACGAGAGUUAGUGGUCUAUCUGGUGUUCCUGGUGGAUAUAUGUCUCUUGACAUACGGUAUGACCAGCUCGAGCACCUAUUACUACACUAAAGCCAUGACGGACCUGUUUGUGAAUACAGCCAGUGAAAGUGGAGUUAAGUUUCAGUCCAUUAGCACCAUGGCUGACUUCUGGACUUAUUCCCAGGGCCCUUUAUUGGAUGGCCUCUACUGGACUAAAUGGUACAACAACCAGUCCUUGGACAGCGGAGACCAGUCGUUCAUAUACUAUGAGAACAUGCUGCUAGGAGUCCCCAGAAUGAGGCAACUCAAGAUCAUGAACAACUCCUGCAAGGUCCACAAAGACUUCCGUGAUGAGAUCUCGGGAUGUUUCGAUGUUUACAAUGACAAGAAGGAGGAUGACCUUAACUUCGGACUCAUCAAUAGCAGCGCGUGGACCUACCACACAGAGAAAGAAAUCAAAGGUUCCUCCCACUGGGGCUUGCUGACCACAUACAGUGGAGCGGGAUACUACCAAGACUUGGGUCGCACCAAAGAGGAGAGCACCAUCGUACUGCAGGAACUAGUGGACAACCUGUGGCUCGACCGAGGAACCAGGGCUGCCUUUGUUGACUUCUCCACUUACAACGCAAACAUCAACAUGUUCUGUGUCCUCAGGUUGGUUGUUGAAUUUCCCGCGACUGGAGGUGCAAUCCCUUCCUACCAGAUAAGAACCGUGAAGCUAAUUCGUUACAUCACCACCUGGGACUUCUUCAUCCUCGGCUGCGAGAUGGUCUUCUGUUUAUUCAUCCUCUAUUACAUUGUAGAGGAGAUUAUUGAGUUGCGAAUACACAAGUUCUCCUAUUUUAACAGCAUCUGGAACAUACUGGAUAUAGUUGUCAUAAUGCUCGCCAUCGUUGCCAUUGUAUUCAAUAUCUUCCGUACCAUAAAAGUGGACAACCUGCUCGGCAAACUGCUAGAACAACCUGGUAUCUACGCCGACUUUGAAUUUCUGGCCUUUUGGCAAAUGCAGUACAACAACAUGAAUGCAGUGAACUUGUUCUUUGCAUGGAUCAAGGUUUUCAAGUACAUCAGUUUUAACAAGACCAUGACUCAGCUGUCCUCCACACUGGGUCGCUGUGCUAAGGAUAUCUUGGGCUUCGCCAUCAUGUUCUUCAUCGUGUUCUUCGCCUAUGCUCAGCUUGGAUAUUUGCUCUUUGGGACAGAGGUUGAAUCUUUCAGCACCUUUGUCAAGUGCAUCUUCACUCAGUUCAGGAUCAUUCUUGGAGACUUUGAUUACAAUGCCAUCGACCGUGCAAACAGAGUUCUGGGGCCGAUCUACUUUGUCACCUAUGUGUUCUUUGUUUUCUUUGUUCUACUGAACAUGUUUCUGGCCAUCAUAAAUGACACAUAUUCUGAAGUUAAGGAGGAGCUGUCCUCACAAAAAGAUGAGCUCCAGAUUACUGACAUCAUCAAACAGAGCUAUAUGAAGACAUUUACAAAGUUGAAACUUAAAAAAGAGAGGAUAUCAGAUGUUCAGAAGGCACUACGCUCUGGAUCUGGAGAAAUUGAAUUCAAAGACUUCAGAGAAACUCUGAAAGAGUUGGGACAUGCUGAUCAUGAAAUUUCUGCGGCCUUCUCGCGGUUUGACCAUGAUGGGAACCAAAUUCUAGACGAGGACGAACAGAAGAGGAUGAAAAUCGAGCUGGAGGAAAAGAGGGAUGCUCUUAGCGCUGAACUCAACAAUCUCGGGAUAAAUUACCAGAAAGAUUUACUGGAGAAGCCUCCUGUAACAUCCAACGACCAGAAGAACCACUCCAGUCCCACCUUUGUGGAUCAGGAAGAGCUUCUUAGACUGGGCAGACAGGUUCUCCAGCUUGAAAGCUCUGUGGCGGGCAUCAUAUCCAGGAUGGAGCUAAUUAUGGAGAAUCUGGGAUUACAAGAGAAAGCUAAAGGGAAUGAAAUGAAACUCACUAGUGAUGACACUGCCUCAGAUAGGAGCAUCCUGGUUUGUGUGGACAGAGAGACGAAGACUAGGAUGUCAUCGAGGAGACUGGGAGUUCCCACUCACUCCACAUUCAACUCUAAUAAGUGAUCAAACAGCUUGAUACAGAAUAAUGGUUAUAUGGAAGUCAGCUGACACGUGAGGAUGAAAGAAUCACACCCCGACGUAUUUUGCAUCACAACUUUCUAAUGUUCAGUUAGUCACAAUCUCUAAGAUCUCUGUUUCCUGGUUUUGGGCGAUAAGCGGAAGUUGGAGGUGUUUUUUGGAUCUUUUUUUUCAGAGAUCUAAAUAGGGUCACCGCUUGUGUGCCACAGACACCCAGUGUGUAAUCCUGCAAAUGCUUUUCAUCAGAAGGCCAUUGACUUAAUCCCCAUUAGGUACCUCAAUCGACAGUACUGACUCAACAACCAUCUUCGAGAUUAUUCAUUUGAUUGAAAGGACUCUUUAAGUUUACGAACCACAAUAAAGUCUUGAUAGUAUGACAUGGCAAUAUAUUUUACACUCUGCUCCAGCUACUGAUUUCAUGGAAUUAUGUAAAUACUGUAUAAAAAUCCUUGUGGCUACUCCAUUAAAACUAAUAUAAUACACUGGUUCAGGUUUAAACUCAGAUAUGUAGAAAACUACAAUGUAUGUUUUAGCUGAGACAUGGAUGUACUUCUCAAAUUAUUAACAUUGUGUAAUAUACUUUAAUUUCAACAGUAGACUAGAAAAGUUAUGUAAUAUAAUCCGAUACUAUGCCGGGCAUAUACCACCUAACAUUAACCUAAGUAACGGUCGCUUUGCUUUUGUCAUUUAAUGUUUAUCAUGUUCAAGUUCUAUUGCUGUUGCUCAAAGCUUUUGACUUGCUUCAGUUAGGUGAGAUGUGUCUGAAACAGUGAUAAUAUCAGCUAUAAUAAAUAUUCAUGUUUAUAUAGAACAUGUCUUCAAUAAUAACCCUGUCUUUGUCUAGGCUGACUGAACAUUAUGCUGUAGCAAAACAUGUCAUGUUCACGAUGGCCUUGGACCCCUAACCCAUCGCAGUCCCCCUGCUUUCACUCCUACUGCUAUUUAUCGAUCUUACUUUAUUUGCCCUACUUGUUUGUUUUCUGUCUGUCCUUACACCAUGUAAAGCACCCUUUGGUCCCUUGAAAGGCGCUAUAAAAAUGUAAUCUAUUAUUAUUAUUAUUAUGCCAUAUUAAAAAUAUAUUUCCACAGGCUUAUAUGUGUAAACCCCAGCCAAGUAAGCUGGUUCGAUUCCCGAGCCGGCUGAACAUUCAGGCAAUGUCCUACCCUCUGUGUCCCCCUUUCAGCUUUAAUAAAGGCCCUCUCCGUACCAAAAAUACCUUAAAAAAACCAAUAUAUUUCCAUUAAAUACAUAGAAUGGAACCAAACGGAAAAACUAUUUUAAUAAUUCCCGUUCAAUACCUCCCAAUAUAUCUGUUCUGGAUUUUUGAACGAAUGUUUCGAUGCCCCCUAGUUUAUGCAACAUUGAGAAUGUACAAACUUCCCAAUUGUUAAAUGUGUUAUUAACUGUGUCUUGUAUAAUAACUAAACAUUGAAUCUAUGCUCUGCUUUCAGAUUGCUUGUGUAACAAAUAAUUCAUUAGUUUCCAAUAAAUGUAGAAAA